GCAUGAUGUGGAUACACUGGAAGUCAGGCCUAGGGAACCUUAUUUCCCCCUUUUUUGAAGGCCGAAUUCCUUCAGAACUAGAGACAAAGGUAGCCACGGCCCACUUUUCUCUAUCUUUACCCCUUGCUUCCCAUUCCACUGUUGGAGGCAGAAUGCUUCUGAAUGCCAGUUGCAGGAAACUGCAAAUUGUGAGAGCGCUGUUGCACUCAGUUCCUGCUUGUUGUGGGCUUCCCUUGGCAUCUGGCUAGCCAUUGUGAGAACACGAUGCUAGGCUAGAAGGGCCUCAGGCCUGAUCCAGCAGGGUUCGGCUUACUCCCCCCGCCCCCCCGGUCACAUCCACACCAUACAUUUAAAGCACGUGAGAAUCCUGAGAACUGUUGUUCACCCCUCACAGAACUAUAAUUCCCCAAACCCUUAACAAACUACAGUUCCCAGGAUUUAGGGGAGGGAGUUGUAUGCUUUAAAUAUAUGGUGUGGCCCAUCUCCUCCUCACUUUCAGCCCCUCGCUUUUCUCCAUUUCUACCACUCCUUUAUCCCCACUCCUAUUUUUCCCUCUUUGUCAUCAGCAUGAAAUUAAGCUAAGGGCCACAUGCGACUCUUCACUGUAAGCUGCCAACUCCUGCUCAAAAGUAAAAGGGCUAUAAUUAAGAGACUGUUUUGGCAUGUCCAGUGACUAUUAUUACUGUUAAAAUUUAUAUACCGCCCUGUACCCGCAGAUCUCAGGGCGGUUCACAACAUAAAAUUACAAUAUAAAAAACACAAAAUACAUAAUAAAAAUGAAAACAAAGACAACCCAAUAAUCCCCACUUCCACAACACAUUUAAAAGGGGUAUAAGAUGUUAAUCAGUCAAAGGCCCAGUUAAAGAGGAACAUUUUUGCUUGGUGCCUAAAGGUUUAUAAUGAAGGCACCAACCAAACCUUACUGGAGGCAGCAUUCCACAAACGGAGCCACUUCAGAAAAGGCCUUUUCUAGUGUUGCCACCCUCCAGACCUCUCGUAGAGGAGGCAGAUGAAGGAGGUCACAAACUGUGCAGCUUUUACUUUUCAUCUUAGAAUUGCCUAUCUUCAUGCCGUAUUGCAAUCAGCUUUUGAAAGUUUCAAAAGGCGUUUCCCUUGUGGAACAUGGGACCAGGUUUCGAGAUAUAUCAAUCCGAAGCUCCAGAAGGUACAUAAAGCUUCCUAGCCACCAUGUUUUCAGGACUGUGGUGAAAGACUCUGCAUUUAGAACAUCCCCGUGUCCCUUGCAGCAUCACUGACUGAAACCUUCACCAAAUCAACUUUGUUUGGCUCUUUCCCUGGUUGCAGUGCAGAGCUGCAAAUUAUAUUUCACAACUGAAGGAGUGAUUGAGUUUGUUGACAUUCUGCCAAAACAGAUUGGGAGAAGAAGGCUUCAACAUUUCUUUGAUCGUAGAAGACAAGCGGCUCUCAUUAUACGAAAGUGUGCUUGACAGGAUGGAAGAAAUACAGGAACUUAAAUGCUAAACUCCCCCCAUAAAAUAUAAAUGGCUUAUGAAUAUUUAAGCAGUGCAAAAAUAGCACUGGGCUAUCUGAAGGAGAAAGUAACAUACGAAAUAUUUUUUUAAAUGUCAUCUAAUAUCACUCACUGAGUUGACUUUGUUUUUAUUUUUAUUGCAUAUUUUUAUAUAUAUUAUAAUUUCAUGCUAUGAAUCACCCUGAGAUCUAUGGGUAUAAACCGAUAUACAAAUUUAAUAAAUAAGAAUAAUAGUUAAUAAAGAUCACCUUGAGAAGUCUCCAUAGAUGCAAGACAGAGUAAAAUAAUGGCAUGGUCUUAAAACAUUGCCUGAGUCUGAUUCUCCUCUUACAGGGUGAAGUGAAACUACUUUCAAUCAGUUUGCUUAUUCCCAGUUUAUACUAGAGUAAAUCAGUUGAAUGAGACAUUUACAUUUUAAUGAUGUAAGGACACUAUUUUCCUAAGAAAAAGACAAACGCAGCAUUUUUUUUAAAAAAAAAUCCUAUUUGUGUCCGUGUACACACAAACAGAACAAUUUCCUUUGCAAAUUAAAACUUUGGAUAAACAACAUUGGAUGUGCCUGCUUAGUUUGACCAUGAUGCUCUUGAUAUAUUGCUUUUGGAAUGAAAUUUUGCUUAGGGCUAAAGGCAUGUUAUGCAGAUGAAAGGCAAUUGUUUAGCCAGCCUCCCUGCUGGCUGCUGGGAGAAAGGAUAAGCAGGAGCAAAAAUCUUAAAUAAAAACAAGAGUCCAUUAAGAUAUGAAUAUCUUGAGCAAAAGGUUUAUGCCUGGGGAAUCUUUAAUGUUGGCACCCGCAUUUUCUGUUACUUUUUUUCCAGUUAAUGCUGGGUAAAAUUUCCCUUUCUCCACUGCCAUGAGGUUUCACUACUACUUCAGAAAAACAAAAGGGAGAUUCCACAGUACAUAAUACGGCAAUACCUUUAUUGGGCCAUUUGAAAUGUCACAAAAUAGUGUGCAUGCUGUAAAGUACACUACCUUGUGACAUGUUUGGUUGGCCUAAUACUGUCAGGUGUCUGAGCCAGGAGUAGGUUAGUAAUAAAGCACCCAGUUUCACUAAAGUUAACUCUUUAUUCAAAGAAAGCAAUACAGUGCAGACCUAGUGAUCAUAGCAACUUUUCCCAGUAGGUCUUGCCCGCUCUCAAAGACUCCACCCCUGGGUCCUUCCCCAGCAACUUGAGGCUCGUUCGUCUUGUCUCUCUUUGCUCCGCCCUCCUCAUUCGUCUUCAUAUUCUGGGAGACCAGGGGGAAGGGGAGCUAGUGACAGCAGGAGGGGUACUUCAGCAGCCUCUCCCUACUCCUCUCCAGCCUCCACUUAGACCUUAGAUCUCGACUGCCUUGAAUUUGGUCUGGCAAUGAAUUGAGAGCUAGUGAAGAUCUUGGAGCACAGGCAUAAUAUGCUGAGAUUCUUACUCCUUUCAGCAAUUGUGCUGCAGCAGUCUGCACUAAGACUGCGUACACAAUCCCGCUUGCUCCAGCACUGAUGUUUGAAGCCAAGUGCACGCAACGUUAGCCACAAUCCAUAGGCAUGCUGUAGUAUUUCUUGAGAAAUACUCCUGUUUGGUGCACUUUCCCUUGAACUAGUUUCCAUCCGAUUGGGAAACUGAGGUGUGUACACUUCAGGAAGCCACCGCACAUGUGCAGAUGACAGUGUAUGCGCAAAUGUGACUUGAAACGCUGCAGGGGGACAGGGGCAGCACCAUGCCUUAGGCUAGGUGAAGCUAUUUGCAUCAGGCAGCAGAUCUGACCCCCUCCUCAAUCCUGCCAUUGCACAGCACCAUUUCACCAACACAGUCCUAUUGCUCUCACUGUUGACACUGCACCCUCACAGCUGCUGCUGUGUUGCAGCAGCAGCACGGGUGCAGUCACAGAUGGAGGUACAGUUGCAGUGAUGGGGCUGGCAGCAGCACGGGCGCGACAGGUACAGAGUGGGUACCCAGAUCUGCUGGGUGGGGGGGAGGCUUUUUGCCUACAAAGGCAAAAUGUCUCAGGCGGGCCCUGAGCAGGGGAGAAUGGCAUUGGUGUGUUUCAAGUCACUAAUGCGUACCUAGCACAGUUGCAGUUUCUGGAUCAAGCACGAGGAAAGCUUCAGAUGGAGUGUAUUGCAUUCUUGACAAAGCAUAGCCAACCACCCUAGAACGAAACGUUAUGAGUGCACAACAAAGGUGACAGAUUGAAAGUCACUGGAAACUUCCUGGCACCCAGGAAAGAAAUGGUUGAAGAUGAGGCAGAAUGAUUUUGGCCACACAAUUUUCAUUUACUGUUUUUGAACCUCUUUCAGGACCUGCCCACCCAUGAGCCAGGAUGAGGUGACUGCCUCAGGUGGCAGGGUCCAUGGGGGCAGCAGAUCCCAAAGUUAAUCUUCCUUUCCCUCCUUGUUCCUGAAGAAGAUUGUCCCUCACCCCUUCUUUUGUGACAGGGACAGGGGUGCUAUUUUGUGGUUCACCUCAGGUGACAAAAUGUAUUGGGUUGGGCCUGACCUUUAUCUCACAUCAAGUUUGCAAUAAAAACAUUUUAAGGCUACAAUCCAAUAUUUAACUGGGAGUAUGCUCUACUGAAGUCAGUAGGGCUUACUUCUAAGCAGACUUAUCUAGAAUCAGGCAGCUAAUGUACAAAAAUGCAAAAUCUGAAAUUUUCCAUAAUGCAGAUGCUAAAUUUCCAGCUUCUUAUGACUUGUAAGGAGAAAGCAUAUUGCUGGAUUAUGAACUCAAUUAUAAACAUGUUCUUGGGUUAUUUUAACAACCACAAGGCAAAUGGUAAUUCCAAGAUAUUCAUUUGCUUGUGGGGCAGAGGAACUCAUGGAAUUUACAUGGCAACCCGAUGUUUGGUCAGUCCCUUCCUAUUUUAACUAACUUCUUUUAUUUAAUUCUUAAAUGAAAGCAAGAUUUGAAAGUGGAUCUCCCACAGGUUCCACCAAAGCCAAAGUUUUGGCUCAAACUGGUUGCUCAUGUAAAUAAAGGGCCUUCACAGCACCUCACUGCUUUUAAUUAAGGCCCAAUUUAAAAGAGGGUAUUUAACCACCCUUCGCCAUCAAACUUAAAUCUGGUUCCAGUAAUUAAAAGGAUUUUCUUAAUCUAGUUCUCAGUGUUAGGAGGCUCAUUUCAGUUAGUUAAUUAAAGACUGUUUCUUAAGCUAUUCAGUCAAAGGAAAACAAAGGGAAAGAGAUUAAAAAGUGUCAUGGGUGGAGGGGGGAAGAACUGCAUAAACAUGGCUGAAAUUAUCGGUCGGCCUCUUUAAUUAAAAGCAACGGGUCUAAUUUAUUACAAAUGGCACACACAUUCAUGUUUUAAGCUGCUUUUAAACAACUUUCGUAUACUUACGAAUAAACUGCAGACUCCCUGGCUGUUGCAAAGAUAUAACAUUUGUAUAAAUGAACUAGAUGUCGUAACAUGAAAGGGUUCAAAACUGGUGCAUGGGGUUUCCUUGUUUUUAUAUGUUUUGAUGUGGUGGUUGUGUACAUGAAUUGGACUUUGUAGAAAUUAGCUUUUCCUCUCACCACCCCAGCCAAAAAGGAUUACAGAGCUUUAGAUUUAGGACAUUUUGAAUAAUGCUUACUCUCUAAAUGGAUGUCACUAAAAUGGGCAGGGGUUGAGCAAUCGGAGGCAUCCCUUCCAAUAAUAGUCUUUGCUUGAAGGGGGGGGGGUUCCAGCAUCAGACUUGACAGAGAGCCAGCACAAAUUGUAAGCAAUUGCCUGUCUGCUAACCAGCUCAUAUUGAUGCCUCUCUGCCUCAGCAGAAAGAAGAAGAAGAAGAAGAGUUUGGAUUUGAUAUCCCGCCUUUCACUCACCUUCAGAAGUCUCAAAGCGGCUAACAUUCUCCUUUCCCUUCCUCCCCCACAACAAACACUCUGUGAGGUGAGUGGGGCUGAGAGACUUCAAAGAAGUGUGACUGGCCCAAGGUCACCCAGCAGCUGCAUGUGGAGGAGCAGAGACGCGAACCCGGUUCACCAGAUUACGAGACUACCGCUCUUAACCACUACACCACACUGGAGGAACAUCUUAUUCACCAAACAGCAUCCUGUUGACAAGAGACCCUGUAGGAAGGAAAGUCAAGGAGCAUUACCUCCCUAUGCUGCUCAACUUCUGCCCACUUCAAAGGUAGACAUCCUUCUGCCUGCCCUCAUGGGCUGAACUGUGCCUCCAUAAAGACUUAGGUUACAUCCAUGCUGUAUAUUGUAACCAUUAGCAAUCAUGGAGAAUCUUGGAAACUGUAGUUUGUUCAGGAUGCCGGUCAGCAACAAACUACAGUUUCCAGGAUUCUCAAUGACUGCUAAAGAGGCAUAACAGUGCUUUAAAUGUAUGGCGUUGAAGCAGAGGAGGAAUCGUUGAACCUUAGGAAUGUCAGCAAUAGAUGGGGUAGCUGAAAAGAUUAAAUACACCAUUCCUGGUCAGCACAGCAGUGGGAAUCCUUGAGCCUCACCAAGGCUGAUCUGUUUGGGUGGAAGUGAGGUAUUUUGUAACAUAGGAAGCUACACCAAGUCAGAGCAUUGGCUCCCAUCAAGCUCCAUACAGACCUGCUAGAGGUGAAGGAUCAGGGAGGAAACUCAGAUUUCAUAGUGCAGUCCCUGGUUUGACAGAUCAUGGUUGGGAAUGGGUUGUUUAAAAACAGGCAAUUCAGCCACCCACUACCUGAAGAAGUUAGUACAUGGGACUUAUGGCCAUCUGAACAGAAAUGCCCUUGGGAGCAACGGGAAUUGAUUAUGGUCCAUCAUUCUUAAAAAAAAAUAAAAAAUUUGCCCAGCACAGAAACAUGAUAGGAUGGAUUUAUUCCCAUCAUCAUGCAGAUCUGGGAUGAACCAGACAUCAAUGGGUCCCUUCAUUCCUACAUCUUUACCUGGAGGUGUCAGGAAUUGAACCUGGAACCUUCUGCACACUAAGCAUAUGUUCUACCACAGCUCUUCUCUGUUUUAUUUUUGCAUUGUUGCACAUAAAAAAUGCCUCUUUUUUGCAUUGGUCCUACUGGCCCCUGUAGUAGACUUUGUAGGAAUGUUCAGGGUGGCAGGAGAGGAUAUAUUGUUUAUUAAUAUCCUUCCUAACUUGUGCUAGCAAGUUCCUUUACUUAGCAGAGUUUACAUUCCCCUUCUCACGCACAGCAGAAAUCUGGUUGCAGGUUUGUUAGAACCUCUUACUAUUAUGCAAUUCAAUCUCCCUCAGAUUGAAUUGUAUGUUCCUGGUAAGAUCCCCCUUUGAAUCCCUCCUAAAAGAAUAAAGACACCACAGUCUUAUUCAUAAGCAAAAAAAGAAAGUUUAUUCACAAUCAGGCAGAGCAAUGUGUGAUCCCUGAAGGCAGGCUUUAGGCUUAAAGUUACAAACGUAUACUAACAGGUUUACCCCAUAAGGGAGAUGAUCUGGGGGGCUGGUUGGUUGGCAGCCAGCAGUUCAUUCCAGGAAGUUCACAGGACAAAAAGAAAAUGGAAAAAGAGAGAGUGCCAGCAUGCCUUGGCCUUUUACCGGGUCUGGAAAGGUCAAGCCCACCUGCUAGUCACAUGCAAGGAAGGAUGUUCCAGCCAGGAAGUUUUGACUGGCUGGACCAAACAUUCCCUGGCAUGUCCACUCUAGCAAAACAAGGAAUGCUCCCAGUGGAUUACAUCCCACAGGCUUAAGUAAUAAAGCCACAGUGACACAGUUUGGUUGUCCUAUUGUCAAGGUUUUCACAGUACUAUAACUGAUGUGCAAUAAUAUUGCUAUCAUUUGCACCAAAGAGAAAAGGCCAUCAAGCAUCAGUCUUCUUCCAUCACACCAUUAUUUAUUACUUCGUAAGACCUGAGUCAAUUCUUUGGCCUUCUGAAAUGGUAAAGUACCAGCAAUGGUCAAUUGUAGGCAACUACAGAUUGCACAUGGCUAGCCACAGAUUACUAGCAUUGCUUUUCUUAGCUUCCUGUUUAGCUUCACUCUGAAUGCUGAAAUUAUCCAAACAGCAAUGCCAAAUGCACAGUAAUUGGCGUGUCAUGUAAUUACAUCAGUCACUACCAGUAAUCUAACAGCUGUGAUGUUACAUGAUUUCUUGUGCUUUUCAAGAACAACCUGAAGAAUUGCAUUCUAGCAAAAACCAAAGAGAUUCUGUGGUGAGUACUUAAGAUGCUAUCUUUAGGUAGAAAUGUUUGGCGUUGAGUCUAACAAGGAACAGAUUUUAUAUCUACACUCAUAUUCAUUAUAAAACUUUGAUGGCCUUUUAUAUAUUGUAAGUAAUAACAACAGUAAACAAUGGGCACAGACAUUUUUUUUUUAAAUCAUGUUACAAUAUAACAAAACAACAAUAUACAUUUUGGGCAAGGAAGGUUUAGGGCAGGGGUAGGCAACCUAAGGCACGUGGGCCAGAUGCGGCCCAAUCGCCUUCUCAAUCUGGCCCACGGACGGCCCAGUAAUCAGCGUGUUUUUACAUGAGUAGAAUGUGUCCUUUUAUUUAAAAUGCAUCUCUGGGUUUUUUGUAGGGCAUAGGAAUUCGUUCAUUUCCCCCCAAAAAAUAUAGUCCGGCCCCCUACAUGGUCUGAGGGAUGGUGGACCUGCCCACAGCUGAAAAAGGUUGCUGACCCCUGGCUUAGGGCAACAGUGGGAUGGAGAUGAUGUCACCUCAUUAAUGGGGAGACAAGCUGGUGCAAACCCCCAUUUUGCUCUAGUGUGGAGAAGCCCUUCCAUGCUGCUUGGGUCACACUGAAGCUACACAGCCCAGCUAGAGAUCUGUUCAAACUUGGGUCCCCAGCUGUUGGACUACUGCAACUCCCAUCAUCCCUGAUUACUGGUCCUGCUAGCUAAGGAUGAUGGGUGUUGUGGUCCAACAACAGCUGGGGAGCCAAUUUUGAGAAACAUUGGUUCAAAGCAUGGAAGCUCAGGUGUGCUUACAGAGUUCCUCUGACCACAACAGAUUGUCUAAUAAAUCCUGGGAGCCUGUCUGUAGUUUGCACAUGGAGAUGGGGUCACUUAUAUGUGCGAUGGAAUGCAUACAGAAGUUUGGAGUAGAUUAUGAGGAUUCCCCCUAUUUAUUUAUUUUCACUGGUCCCCCAUCUUUCCUCCAAGGAGCUCAAGGUUGAGUACACCCUUCUCCCCCCCCCCCAUUUCAUCCUCACAACAACCCUGUGAUGUAGACUGGCCCAAGGUUACCCAAGGAGAUUCUUAGCUGAGUGAGAAUUGAACCCUGGCCUCCCAGGUCUUAGUCCAACCCUCUAACCACUAUAAGACACUGAUAAUUUAUUCAUUCCCAUUUGCCAUGUGGCCAAUACUGGCAGGGGCAAGGAAACUUACUAUGCGGAAGUAUUCACAGUACCGUGAAUGUUCCAACUUGUUAUGGCAUGAAGGAGAGGGGUUCAUCUCUAGACUUGCUAUUUUCAGCAUCUCCCAGGGUGAGCUUAAAAUAUAGAUCAGCUUUUAAUCUUAGGUGAACUGUGUCAUAUCUAUGCAUUUCUGUGGACACUGAGGUGCUUUUAUGGAGGCAAGGUUCUGUUCCCUACCUUGGAAUAGUAGCGGUGCAAAGAGCAGAACCAAACCAGCCUCAAUUUUUUUAAAAAAUAGUUAAUUCAAGUUGGAUUGUUCCUGUGUUAUCAGAACAAUACUGCAUCCUGGCUUCUCCUAAAAUGAUAUCAGCACAGACCAAACAGAAGCAUUACAUCAUCAGAACGAUCUCUCAUUGGAUGGUCAAUGAUGCAGUAACUUCUGUUCCCUAGCAACUUCCCAGGGUGUUUUAACUCCUUUUGCAGGUAUGCCACAUAGCACAGUAAAUCACUUUGCAGGAAUAUUUUUCAAAACCUUUAGCUCUCAAACCCUCAUGCUCUUAAAUUCCUAGAGUAAGUGGCUCAGGCCUUCAUAGAUUAAACUUCUAUACACAGUGUCACAUUUUCCAUAUCUGGAGGGGGGGAGAAGGUGGGGUUAAGGUGACUGGGGGCUCUUGUGCACUUCCCAAAGCACCCUGUUUCCCCCAAGAAGAAAUGCAUCAAUGUGACCGAAAUAUUGUGGUAUCUUAAAGAUGAACGCAAUUAUUAUGACAUAAACUUUUUGUGGACUACAGAAUAUACUCUGAACGUGUGCAGUUUCACAUUUUGAAUGAACUCAUUUCCUGCCUUGGGCCAGUCACCAACUCUCAGCCUAAUCACAUGGCUGUUGUGAAGAUAAAGUGGUAUAAAAUGGCUGUAAAAGUGUGAAUACCACGGGCAUCACAUUUCUAUUCCUUUGACCCAAGUGAAGCAUCUUUAUUCCAUAGGUUUUUUUUUUAGAUGGGGGAGGGGAGAUAGAGACAACUCCAAUGCUUCAACCAGUCUGGCUUGAUUAUUUAGGUGCCUAAAUUCCACUUGUGUUAAUGUAAGUUUACUCCCAAGGUGCGUGUUCACAGGGGUUUGAUUCCUAAGAGGAGUUGCCUGGGGCCUAUAGCCAAUGGGGGUAGGGAACUGUGGAAAGCAGUGUAAUCUGCUCUCAUUUUAAAAUUUAUUUAUUGAUAUAUUUUUUACUAUUUCCUAAUUAUUUUUACAGGCAGAAUAGUAAGGGGGAAAAACACAGAGUUGGUAUUUUCCUUAAUUGCUCAGUAAAACCUGCACCCACUUUCUAAUGUUCUGUCCCAAAGUCAAAAUCUUUGAGAUACCUAGCUGGAUUAUGAAAUGUUAUAGAAUAUUUUUAAAUUUUAUUUAGACCAGAAAGCUUGGUCAGCUCACUCUGACCAAGGUGAGCGGUCCAAAGUCUCAUAUGCAAAACCACAUGCUCAGGACAAUGAGUAAAACAGAGACCUUGCUCUGAAUUGUGCACCUUUGAGGCAGAGAGUAGAAUCAUAGAAUUGUAGAAUUGGAAGGGACCACGAGGGUAAUCUAGUCCAACACCCUGCAAUUCAGGAAUCUUUUACCGAACAUGCAUGAACCCAUGACCUUGAAAUUAAGAGUCUCGUGUUUUACCAACUGAGCUACCAAGGGCAUGCACAAGCAUUUGGAAAUUCAGUGUUUCCAUCUUUGCCCUUCCAUUUUCUUGACUACUACUACUAGUUCUGUAAGAAAGUAUGUGAACAAAUCAAAUAAUUUAUUAUCCCUUACAAUGGGACAACCUCACUCCACUAUUAAAACUGGAGAAAGAGGGCUCAUGCAAUGAAAAUAGUAACAACAGCAACUUUAUAUACCACCCAUCUGACUGGGUUGCCCCAGCCACCUAAUACAUUAUUGGAAUAUAUUUUGUUGAUAGUCUAAUGAAAAAUAUUUUUUAAUACAUUUUUAUUUUAGUCCUCUGUCAAAAACAUUUGUGCAAAGAUAAGCUCAGUGGAAGAGCGUGUGUUUCAUAUGCAGAAGGUCCCAAGGUCAAUCCUGGCACCUCCAGGUCAGAUUGGGAAAAUAUCCUGCUCUGAAACCCUAAAGAGCCACUGCAAAUCAAUGUAGACAACACUGAGCCAGACAGACUAGUAGUCUGACCUACUGUGAGGCUGCUUUCUAUGUGCCAGGUGUCGUACAUAUUAACAUUUCUAUGAAAAUUAGACCACUAGUCAUUCCGUGCUAAUCACCUGAAGUGGAGUAAAAACACAACCCGGCAAAUCUCCUUCCUAACAACCCAUCAGUUGCUAAUGGAUUUUCUGCAAUGUGCUAUAUAUGCAAUAAAUGUCAAACAAUGCCUAAUGGAAUUUUGCCUGUAAAAAUAUUAUUUCCCCUAGAACUGCUGAAACCUGCCAUUACUUUGACUUAUUAGAACAUUAAAGAAAUUGGGAGUGACUAUCAUACCUUCUUUUAAAUCUAGGAAACAAAGCAAGGACCCUUUAUUCUGGGCCCCCUCAGAAUUUUGAUACCACCCUCCAUCCUCUCUACUUCCUCCCCACAACCAGUUUAUCCUUCCUAGAUUCUCCCAUGCCCUUCAGAUGGCCAAAUUAUUUCCUUUCAUACAGAAUACAUUUUUAAGAGGCAUUGCCUAAGCUCUAGCUAAGGCUUUUCUUUUCUUUUCUUUUUUUUUGUCUUCUGAUAAGGGAUUUCAUUAAUGGCAAUUCUGAUUUAGUUGUACACUCUAACACGCUUAUAACAAUGCACUACAUAUGCAGAACUUAAUUAAAACAAUGAUUACGUUCAAAGGAAAUUGCCUUGUGAUGAAAAACUUUUAAAAUACCAGGAAGGAUGUUAUUAGAAUGUGGCAUGUCUGUGAAAGGGCUGGAGGCCUCACAGUUAUCGGGAUGUUGUCGUUACCACCGUUCUGCCUACAGAUUAUUUGCAUUUGUGGCUUGCUCAAAAGGAGCAAAGUUAUUCAGCCUACAGGUUAUGUGGUCAUGAAUAACCAUAUAGAAGCCUGUCUCUGAUAAUAUAUAUAUUUUUCCUUAAGCAGGAAAGAACUACCUUCCCUGUGGUUUGCAUUUAAUUUCUGUUAUGCAACGCAGAUAAACAAGCAGCCUCUGAUUCUGUUUGCCGCUUGCUGUCCUACUGACUCUCCUGCAGGAGAAAUCCUGUCUUAUGCCAGGGGUGGGGAAGUUUUUUCAGCCCAGGGGCUGCAUUUCUUCAUGGAAGACUUUCCGGGGGGACACAUGCAAAAGUGGUCAGAAUAAUAGGGCUGACUCUUAUCAGUCUCACAGUUCAAGAGUCCAUUCCAACAGGGGAAAGUACUCACAGAGGAUGCAGAGCACAGCCUGUAGGUAUGUGACCUGAGGACAGACCAUGGGCCUAGGAGAGUCCUGGGGGCCUGAUAGAAAGCCCUGGAAUUUGGCCUUCAAGGCUGAGGUUCCCCCAUUCCUGUCUUACACAGUUGUUUUUCUAUAGUGCUUCAGUAGUUUAUUUUUCCAAGAAUGUGGCUGGCCUGCUUGCCCACUAAAAGUUCUGAAGUUGACUAUCCUGCAACCAGGAUCUUCUUGAACCAUAGGUAGGGCCAAAAUCAUAUACACAUCAUACAAAAUCAACUAUAAAAUCAACAAAUAGCCAAGUGUUUUGUUCUUGGUAACUGUGUUUCACCUGAUGCAAGCCCCCCAAAAACAGGGAGUAUGUUUUACCAUAGGUAUAUGGUACACACAUACACUUGACAUCCUUCAGUAAAGCCUUGUUCAAAGUGCUUUAAAGAUUAAAUACAAGAAUAACUGUCUUGGUGGUCAUUACUAUGCUGUAAAAUGUCUGGCUCAAGAAGGCCACUUGGCUUAUCCUCUGGCUUCUUUUAAAGGAAUAGUCAGCACAUCUAUUUAGGCAAGCUUUUGUGCUAGCAGCUGGUUAUUCUUUUUUCCCUUUUUUUACAGCUCCUUCAUAAAUAAGAGAGCCAGUGGUAGAUCAGACUAAAGACCCAGCUAGUACAACAUCCUGCUUCCCACAGUGGCCCAUCAAAUGCCUCUGAGAAGCCUACAAGCUGGGCACGGAGGCAUUAGACCUCUCUCAUUGUUGUUCCACAGCAACAGAUAUUCAGUGACCUCUGACCUUGGAGGGCUCAUAUAGCCAUCAUGACCGGCUAGCAUUCAUAGACUUGAUAUUUUAUUCUGCUUUAUUGUAAUUUAAGAAAGGUGGGGAGAGUGAAUGGGCCAUGGUCACCCAGCGAGCUUCAUGGCUGAGUGGAGAUUUUAAGUUGGGCCUCCCGGGUCCUAGUCAGACACUUUAUUUUUUUAUUCAUUCACAUACACACACACACACACACACACACACACACUAUUUACACAGAGAGAGAGAGAGAGAGAGAGAUAACCAGUUGGCAUUCAAUAUAAAAAUAUAAUACAACAGCACAGUGGUACCUUGGUUCUCAAACGGCUUAGUUGAUGAACAAAUCAGCUCCUGAACGACGAAAACCCAGAAGUAAGUGUUCCGGAUUUCGAAGGUUUUUUGGAAGCCAGACAUCUAACGCGGCUUCUGCUUGAGUGCAGGAAGCUCCUGCAGCCAAUCGGAAGCCGCGCCUUGGUUUUCGAACUGUUUCGGGAGUCAAAUGGACUUUUGGAACGGAUUAUGUUUGAGAACCAAGGUACCACUGUAAUCUAAAUAAUAACAGCAAUAAAUACGAGAUGGUUAAAAAAAGCAACAUUGCAAAGUCUGAAAAGCACAAAUUUCAAACAGCAUCUAAAAGUAGGCAGGAAUGACUUCUGAUAGACUUCUACCACCAAAUAUUUCCACAGGGCAGGCUCUGCUACACUAAAUGCUCCCCAAUAGAAGAUCUCACUGACUGAGGUGGAACAUGAAGAAUCAGUCAGUCUUUAAAGUACUGCGGGUCCAAGAUGUUUAGGAGGAUGAUUCUUUCCAUCUGCAGCUGGAAAUCCCUCUGUGGCUAUUUCAGAGGAAACAAUUUCCUUUCCUUUCAUGCCACCGAAUGACAUAGGUAUCUUUAUGCGCCCCAGGUAUCUUUUCAUGAUGCCACAUUCGUUGACGGAUGUGGUGAAAUCAGCAUGAGGUUAAAAAAGAUAUUGGGGGAUAGUUUCGAGUCAAUCUAAGGCAGCAUCGCAGCAUCAGUACCAGCUGCCUUUCUGUAAGAUAACGAUUUAAUGGCCUCUUCGGUUUCAACCAUAUAAGAUUCCUGGGCCAGAAGCUGAUUGUAUCACACUGAGGUAAUUCCUGUAUAGCCUUUUAGCUGGCAAAUGAGUCAUGAUUCAGGAUGUUCUUAAAGGGUUCUGCCCCCUAGAAUUUGAUUCUUAUCAGUCAAAAGAGUGUUACCAUUAGAGUUCAUAGCACGGGCUGAACCUAGACAAUGUAUGUGUUAUUAAAUGUUUAUUGAGCAGAAUGGCCACUUAUGUAUCGCCCCUCCAAAAGAGGACAGAAUAUGACAGAUUUUAAUAAUAUAUAUAUAUGCUACUUAGUAUGUAAAGAUGCAAAUUUAGGAAAAAAAUACUGCAAUCUGAAGAGAAAUACAAUGCAUCUUGCUCUAGGGGGAAAGACUGUAGCCAAGUAACCUGUCCACUGUCUUGGCGCUCACUAUUGACAGGCAACUUUAAGGUCCCUCCUGCUUGGCCUUCCUAAACUUAUUUAUCUUUAAACCGGCAUUGGACCAGACAUCCCUUCAAGCAUAGUCCUUCAAAUAAAGGACUAUGAAUAAAACAGCAAGGCAUCAAAAUGAGCCCCAAUGUUCUUCCAUUAUUGUUGAAUAAAGUCUGUUAUAUUAUCUGCAAAGUUAUGACCAGAACUUGACAUUAUAGCUGUUGAAAUACUGCUACAAAAAACUUUCCUUGCAUUGCAAAUUGAAGGUCGAGGGGGGGGGGCAUUCUAAUUAUGGCCAUGGUGAUUGCAAAGGGUUAAAGCCCCUGCCACCAGCUCUGAUCCAGCAUAGCCCCUUCCAUACUGGUUAUUUUGGGAAGAAAAAUCUCUUGCACCAAUGACAAAAAUGUUACGUUUUGCCUUGAAGUCUCCAUGUCACUCUUCAGAGCUGCUUGGCAGCAGUUACUGUGGCUCGAGAUGUUAUAAAGCCUUCUCUUAACUUGCAGUCUUGGCCUGAAAGCUCCUGCUGUCUUCUUCCUCACAGGAGCUGGGCCUCCUCCUUGAAACAUCCAGGCAGCUGGGAGGAUCUGUUUCAAUUUAUUCCAAGGUUUGUUCAUAAUAAAAAACAGGAUGACCCCAUCCCCACCCCCCAUCCUAAGCACAUUAAUUACUGCUCUCAAUAGUAGGUCUCAGUAACAGGAAAACACUCCCAUUUAUUACAGCAGUACUUACUCUCACUUACUAGACUUGAUCCAGUGCAUCAUUAGAUACACUUACUUUCGAUAGCAGUAGAAAAGGAUUUCUCACUACCAGAAUAAAACCUAAAUUUUCAACCUUGGCAUACAUGGAGCAAAAUUAUCUCGACACAUUUCAAGUCCUGGAUCUGCGCCUGCUUUUCAACCACGUAUAGUGCGUAAGGGAGUUCUCUUCUCAAUUGACAUAUUUUGCUGGCAGCAGCAUGGAAGGCUGGUGGUCUUUUAAAGACAAUGAGAAAAAGCCAAGUUGGUGCAUUUGGGCAGCAGCUACAGAUGAGAAAGAUAGUUCAGUCCAAGUGACAUCUCUCCUGGGUACCUGCUGAGAACUCCAAUCUUCCUGUGUGUCCAGAUGAAACUGAGAAGGACCACCUCCAGCCUUCUGCAGAAGACCGCCAAAGGCCUUUGCAAACAGCCCCACAGAAGUGGCAAGGCCUGCUGGGAUUUAAUCCCUUCCCUAACAAGGCUUUCAUUCAGGCCUUCAUCCAGAUUAGAAGGUCUGAUUUCUCAGAAACUUCUUUGAGUGAAAACAAGGCACCUCCUGCUUUCAGAGAGAUCAAGGUCCAAUUACAAUGCUAGAGAACUUAUAGGGGGCUGCAGAUCAUGACUCUAGACCUGUGUCCAGCUUUAGAUGGUGACAAAUAAAGCUGCUAAUCAGAUAGAGAAUCCUUCUACCACCCCUGUGUUCCCAGAGCCAGAUUUAUGUCAGACUCAGUUUCUAUUGUUUUUAUCAAAAGAAGUGAAAAUGUAACAAAAGGUACUCAGAGACUUUAAAACUGUGUGGUGCAGACUGACAUUAUUCUUGGCAAUGGGGCAAAUGUUGUCUACCAUUGCUGGUAAUACAAAUGCUCUCUGAACUCUGAUGCAAACAAGAACAUAAUCAAGAGGGAGAGUGUUUAAUAAAACACAUGCAACUUUUUAAAAAGAAAACAGUGCAUAGCUACUUGCCCUUAUUGGUAAUGUCUCUCCAUAACAGGACAUUUUAUUGUCUUUUGAAGUUCCUCUUUGGAGUGAAAUUGACUGUUUGCCAUCCAGUAGUGUCAGUUUAUCGCUCUUCUGGCAGUAAAGGCCCUGACACUGAUUGAUACAGUGGCAUUAAAUGUUUGUGAACAUUCUAACUGCUUAGGACACAAAACUGUCAGAAUACAUGCAGUCCAAAAUCUGUGAGGGAAGGGGGAAAUUGUCACUUUGAGGUUUCAACCUCACACAGGUUCUAGAAACAGGAGUCAAGUCUCACUCUCAUUGUCUUGUUAUAUAAUUAUCAAACUUCCAUGUUCUAAAGUAGCUGAAUGAAGAUGUCCCUCCCAUAGCAGUUCAGCUUGUCUAUACACAACUUUUUGUGUGCCUGAAACCAAUCUUCAGGUUUCUCUACAUAUCACAGGAUAAGAUGGAUGGGAGGGAACAAGGAAGUGAAUGGAGCUAAGGAAAACUGAGGAAGAGUAAAGAGAAGGGAAAGCCAAGGCAGCCAGAGGAUGAAUGGCUGGAAGGAUAAAAACAAACAGGUGAAGAACAGAAGGAAGGGCAGUAGGAGGAUGCUGUGCUCUGCUAACCCCCAAAAUAGUUGCCCUCUAACCUGGCCUGCUGCUGCUGCAGGACCUGUUCAGGUAACAGUAAUAAUGAUCAUUAUGAUCAUUAUAAUUCAUUAAUAUAAUAAUGUUGACAUCCAUCUGUCUUGAGAGAUAAUGGAGUGCGCCUCUAGGGGUAAAGUCAAACCACUGGAGAAUCUCUGCGCCUGUGUUAUUUUUGUUGUGUUAGCAAAAGUGAGGUCCUGGGCUGCCCAGAUGACAAUACCUCCUUCUUGGCCUCGCUGGAAAGCAGAGCAAUACGUUUGGCACCAGCUAGGCUGCAGGAAUUGCCAGAAGGAGGCAUAGAAGACACCAUCCGACCAGCUUAGCAACUCUACUCUACUCCCUACUUCUUUGGUGCCCCAGUCCAAACUUUUAGACUGGCUUCAGAUCUGCAAGGGAUGACCUUGAGCAUCCCCUCCUGUGUGCUAGGAGGACAAAGAGGAGCAUCACAUGGAGAUCCCUCAAAUUUCCAUCCAUCCACUGUCCUUGGGAGCUGCCUGACCUUGCCAGCUUUUGGAACUGACCACCACAGCUACACUGAGGUUUCCACAUAUUCUUGCAAAAUACUUCCAGCUCUUCUGACUGAGGGUGCAACAGCUGGGAUAACGAUUAUCGUUUGUGUGUUGGAUUGUAUAAUUCCACUGAAAUAUGUCAUCUGAGUAGCACCCGGCGUGAAGCCAGCCAUGAGAUUUUUCUGUGAAAUCAAAGCAUCAAACAAAAACCAUGCAGCUUCAGCACACCAUCUCAGAGGACAUUCCCCAGUACCACCUAGUAUGCGAGUGUAAAAUAAUAGCAGCUGAAAUCUGACGGCAUAAGAAGAGGAUUAGCAAGAGUCUUUGCUGCAGUUUCUCCUGCUUUCCUUCUUUCACGGCUCCCCACCUCUUCAGAGAUAAAGAUUAUGGUUGCUAAGGUAACUGAGCAAAGUAGCAUAGGGGAGAAAAUGUUCCCUAAAUUAGUUCCUCGAGGUUCUCCAAGCACUGUUAGUUCCAAAGCGUAGCCCAAACCUGAUUAUAAGGGGCCUGUAAUUUACUUAACCAAACACAUUAGAAUGCCUGGUCGUGUCUUACACACAUUUCUGCUCCUGAGGUUAACUUACACUCUUAACUGUGUGGUCUCCAACCGAAAAGGAUGCUCUCCGUUUGUGAACUGUUAUGGAAGUCACAUACAAGACAGAUGGUCUUGUUGUCAAUAUGCACAUUUUAGGCGCUGGAGCACAUGGAAUCUUUUGCAUUUUUACAAAGGGAGCUUUGUGUGCUUAACUCAGGUGGCACAUGCAUGCUUUGCAUGUAGAAGAGCAUCAAUUCAAUCCUUGCCAGAUGCCUGUUGGCAGGGUAGGGAAGGUCCUGUGUCUAAGAUCUUGGAGUACUGUAUCAGUCAAGAUAGAUAGUACAAUGUGGACCAGGGAGUUGAUUCAGUACAGGGUCCCUUCCAGCACUACAGUUCUAUGAUUCUCAGUCUGAGGUUGGGAUGGAGGAGAAAUUUAAAGGUGAACUUACCUAAUUCAUCCUUUCUGAAUCAAACACAGACAGUAAUCCUUUAAAUUUUGCACUUCUCCUGAUCUUACAGUGCAGCUGCCCAGCCAAGUGAUGUGUACAAAAAAUGGACAUACUAUUGUAAAGUGUGCAUACAAAUGCAUAUAUUAGUGAAAUAACAUACAAUAAUAUUUUUUUGGGGGGGAGAAUUGCUCGCAGAAAUGUGUACAUUAGUCAAAACUGCAUACAAAAAUGUGUUUACUAAGAGAAAUUCACACCAAAAUGCUGGUGAGGAUUAUUUUAACUAACAUUUGCAAAUUGCUACAGAAAUGUAGAGAACUGAACCAACAGGUUGGUCCAUCCCUAAGUCGGAGGGCCGAGCUCCAUGCAGUGCUAACUGUGGAGCCUGCAAUCAUGUUGUUGUCUUCCUUGUUUGAUUACAGGCAUUGGGACAAGACAAUCUUCAUUGGUAACGCAGCAUCUGAGAAGGUAGGCUUAACCCUCUCCAUCGUCACCAUGAAAAUCCCCCCCCCCCCAUGCUGCAGUUAGGCUUAGAAGACUUCAUUGGCACCGGUGGUUUAGCUUUGGCCAUGGCCACUGCUGGCAAGUGGGCAUCAGAGGGUUGCCCUGUAGUGAAGGUAGCCACCUCUGGCCUAGGGAUGAAGAAUCCCCCCAUUGUACAUUGACCCAAGGAUUGGCUUUGGCUUGUUCUUGAUGUUACUUCUGUUCUGUUUGGCACAACACACUCCUGCCAUCAAGCCCUUGACCAAUUAUAAGGAGCACGUGAUUCCCAAGUUGUAACAGCUACACUGGUUGCCAGUCCAUUUCUGGGCACAACUCAAAAUGCUGGUUAUGACCUAUAACAGAGUCUUUUAAUAUGUCUGUAGGGUGGCAACACGAGAAUGGGCCUUUUCUGCAGUAGCUCCCCAUUUGUGGAAUACUUUCCCCAGGGAGGUUCGCCUGGCGCCUUCAUUAUACACCUUUAGGCACCAAGCAAAAAUGUUCCUCUUCAACCAGACCUUUAGCCAACUAGCAUCCUAUAAAAUUUUUAAUGUAUUUAUGGGAGGGGGAGGGAGGCUGUUGGCUUGUUUUGUUCUUGUUUUUAUUAUGUAUUCUGUGUAUUUAGCUUGUAUUUUUAUGCUGCGAACCACCCGGGGAGCUACAGGUGAGGGGCAGUAUACAAUUUAAUAAAUACCGUAUUUUUUGCACCAUAACACUCACUUUUUUCCUCCUAAAAAGUAAGGGAAAAUGUCUGUGCGUGUUAUGGAGGGAAUGCCUACGGGUGGCAUGCCUACAGAUUUUCCUCCUCUUAAAAACUACGUGCGUGUUAUGGUCGGGUGCGUGUUAUAGAGCAAAAAAUACGGUAGUAAUAAUUUAUUAAUAAAAACUCAUACGUAGAAAUAUGGGAAGGAAAGAAAUUGCACUUCAGAAGGCUUAAAAUAGGAGCCUCCUGUAACAUUAGAAUACUCUUCAUGUUUCAGUGUGCAGUCUUUAGCUCUUCAAAUGUUCAUGUGAUCACAUUUAUGAUUCCUGAGAAACUGAACAUUGUUUUGUUGGUUUGUUGUUGUUUUAAACAAAAAGAGUGUCCUUCAAAAGAAGGGUACUUAAGAGUUGAUCUCCCUUAUUUAAUUUAAAAAUAAAUAAAUCCCAAAGGCCUCCCUAACCAAAAUUAAGUACCGGUAACUUUCAAUCCAAAAUUAAGUGUAUUUGAACUACGUGAAAUUUCAUUCAGAAAUAAAUUAAGACAUUGGGACUCAAAACAUGCCUAUCUUUGACUGGAUUUCACAGUUUGUUAACUGUAAAGACUAAGAAUGCUUUUGAAGUUCAACUCAUCCAAAUUUCUCCCUGGACUUUAGUGUUUUGAAUUUCAUGGUCUCUUAUUUCUGCACUGCCACCAAGGCUUUCAGAAUUUACCAUAGCUUAGUUUAUUAUUUCCAAAUUUUAAACAUAAUGCAGUGCAUGCAGUUUACCGCAGCUUUCUUUUCCUUUAUGUCUUAUCUACCACCGCCGCACUGUAAAAAACAAAAACCAGCCACAUCUAUAUGAUCACAUCAAGAUUACUGUGUCAUAAUGCUGACUUUGCCAUUUCCUGAGCAGAUUAUCCCAUGAUGGCAUCAGAAUUCUUUUUGUAGUUUUACCUGUGCGCUUGCAUGAAUACAUAAAACGUUAAAAAAAGGUGGAUUUGCAGAAGAGCCAAUGAUCAGAAAGGGGCCCAUCCCCGAUUUGGACUCGAUGAGUGCUAAGGAAAUAGGAAACUCAACAUUAUUUAUGACACAUUAAAAACUAAAAGGCAUGCAUUUUAUAGAAACCCACAUUAUCUUUUUUUCCCUUCUCUCCCUCAGGAAUAAUACUGCAGGAUUUGACUUGCAUAAUUUCCUUCUGAAGUAAUAUCAGUCACUAAGCCAUGCUUCAAGAGCUAUGGGGCAGGGGGAUUUCUACAAACUCUUGCAUUUCCUGUCCACAGAGCUGUCUUAAAGCUCCUGUCAUUUUAGCUGUUGAACUUUCAGAGCUAGUUCAUAGCAAGAGUGACAGGACAGGACAAAGGGGAGCAUUCCAAGUGUAACUGAAGCAGACAUUUAAAGGAAAUCUGCAAGCUUCUUGUUGGAGAUGCCCUGUUUUUUUGUUAAGGUGAGAGUCUAAAUGGACCCAAACAUUUCUGCUAGUGAAAUAAAACCUCAGGAGAACUUGUUCAUUGGAGAGAAAAUCUCAAAUAAUUUAUUGACCUUCAGUUUCACAUUGUGAAAAAAAAAAUGCAGUUUUACAAAACCUCAAAAUGUAGUAGCAAACAAAGAGAGACAACAUAGAUAUUUUACUUCUUCACUGGUACGGCUUUCCUCCCCCCUCCCCCCCCCCCGUUUUUUUGUACGUGAACCGCAUCUUCAAUUGUCAGACAAGGGACACUAUUCAGUUCUAAUCACUCUUAUUCAGACAGGUGUCAGGCCUAGAAAAAAGGGCCUACACAAUUAUACCAGAAGUGGUAGGCUGUCCUUUGUUCCAUGUUUCCACAGCAACCAGCCCACAAAAUAGGAACUUUUCUCGUCUUAUGCCAAGGUUUUGGUGUGUACUCUGGUGUGAAUUGCAUUUCUCUCAGAAGUGUAGGGUGUUUUUCGGACUGGAAUCGCCAAGUAGUAAGCCAGGAUUCCCACGUCUAUUCAAAGAGCAGGAACCCAAAAUAUUUGCCUGCAGGGCUAGGGGCCACCCUAGUUUUUUGUUUUCUUCAACCUAGGCCCAGGAAUUAAAUCCAAGGACUUGAAAGCAAACCACUGCUUUGAAAUACAACUGUGGAGACUUCGGACGCUUCAGGCAAUUGGAUGGUAUUACAAAACAGAUUUGUGUCAUAAGCUAAACAGUUAUAGAGAGAGCUGCUGCAGACAGGAUUCUGUCACUUCCCUAAACAAAGGGUUUUGAGCCAUUUACUCAAAACACCUUGGGAGUAAUGCAUGCCUGUGUUAAGUGAAUGCAAAAACAUGAUUAUAGUUUUGCAAGGCUUUACAGGUUACUUUUUCUUUUAUGGAAGGGCAGAGACACCCCCAAACCAAAAGUGAGAGACAACCCUUGCAUAAAGGGUUUGUGGUGGUGGACUUUAUACAAACCAAAUUUAAGUUUGGGUAGUUUUUUGUUUGUUUGUAAAAGCAAUGUUCUAUAGCUUUCCCCAGGUUUUUAAGUCAUCCACUAUGCAUUACUUGAAAGAGAGUUUCCCAUCUUUCACAAUUUAUUACUAAACUUACUGGCAUUUUAUGUUGUUGCUGUGUAAAAGAAUCCUUUUCAGAGCCAACUUCAGCAAUGAUUCUUAAACCAACAAACAGUAAAUGCCAACAGCCCUUUCUAGAGCAAAGAGUGACCUGCAGCAAAUCACCACUCCUACUGCACUCCGGUGCAGCUGUUCUGAGGGCACUGGCCCUCAAUAGCCAAUACACUAGGCUUCACUGAAAAAUGAUCAAUGGCGUUUAGGAACACUUCCAUUUUUCUUCCACCCCAGGCACUCGGUACAUUUGAAUCAAAGUUUGAAAAGAGUUUUGUUCUAGAAUCCACUCAAACAGCCUCCCUCGAUACAGCUGUAAUAGCCGAAAAUGGUAAAGCUGGUCAAAAACAUGCAAAUCAAAACAGUGGUCUGUAAAUCAAACUUUAUGGUGCAUACUGUUCAGAUUUUCUUGAAAACCUUCCUGGCUAGCCAUGCUAAGAACCACUACUUGCUAUUUGCAAAAUUGCACACACACCCAUUUCUCAUUAAAGCGAAUAGGAAUACAUAAGAAAUGCACAUAAUUGAGUCUGCAGAAUUAGCCUAUGGCAGCAUGAGAAGAGUCUUAAGACUGAUAAUGCCAUCCUAAACAUACUUACUAAGAAGUAAGCCCCACACAAUGCGGUGUGGGUUUACUUCUGUGUAAGCACUCAAAGGAAUGCAAUGUAAGAUUACUGUGUUUCCCAUAUGGUGAAGAGUGUGAAGAGUUGAGCUACAUCAUCAUCAUCAUGUAGGCAGGCAUCAUCAUCAUAAUUCCUUUUAGGCAUGCAUGCAUGCAUUUUAAAGUAAUUUUGCUUAUACAACAUUAAGACAAGACAACCAACCACGAUGAGGACUGGCAGCUUCACGCUGGUGGAGCUGCACCGAUUCUCAUGGAUAGCACAACUAAAAGUCUGGCAAAGACACAAAGUGUAAAAAAACAAACAAACCAAGAAUGGAAUGGAAUGAUCAGGCUUGAAAAGUAAGAACUAAAAAAAUAAAUUCCAGGGGAUGGGACUUUGAUCGGGAUCCUAUGUGAUGGUUCCAGAUAGUAUGCAUUUGAAAGCUUAACUUGCUAAUUAAUGAAGGAAUUAUCAUUAUUAUUAAACCAGUGUUUGAGCAACUUUUCUCCUUUGUCAUCCUAACAAUCAUGCCAAACCUUGUAAGACACUGAUGGUGUGGGUGUGGGUGUACAAUUUAAAUUCAAAAGUGGAUGGACAAAGAGUCGGGUGUUAAUUUUAAAAAAUAAAGAAAAAGCAAACAAAAAACAAAAAACCGCUUCCCCACUUCUUUAUUUUGCUGUGUAUCUCUGAAUCAAAAAUACUUCCCACGGUUGGAUGAAGUGGGUCCAUAGUAGACAUCCCAUCGGCUAACUUUAAAUAAAUAAAUAAACAAAAUAAAAUGUUGGAUAAUGCCAUGAACAGGGCUCUGUGUAAAUUAAUUCUGCAGGGGCUUUCCACACACACCCCUUUUCCAGUAGCGAUGAGGCUGCACAAGAAGAAAACUGUUAAGUGACAGUGGCUACUUCCAGAUGAGUUCCUUCAAAAAAAAAAGAAAAAGGUAACACUAGGCAAAUCAAGUGUAACAGGGAUACCACUGGCAAGCCACACAAAGCAGUGGCCUGAGAAAGUGACCUCCAUGGCUUCCUCCUUCAGUAUACAUAUAAUUUAAGAUGCUACCUUGUAAUCCUUCAAUUUCUGACUCCUUACCUCAUUUCUCCUCUCCCCAAAUAUUACUCAGCACUUUUUCUUCUUGCGCAGCACAGCAAGUCACGAGACCACAGAAUGUGCAAAACAUACGAUUCACAUAAGCCCUUAAAAGACAACUGUAGGCAUCGUUCCCUCCGCAUGCAAGCACUGAACAAUAAAUAGCUAUAUCUACAACAAGUAACAAUUUAAGAGUAGGACAGUCGUAAUUAAUAAAUACAAGAGGAAAUCAAAUGCGUGGGGAGUGGGGAAAAUGGAGUUAUUUCCCUUCGCCCACAAAAUGCUGCAAAAAACCUCCUUUCUCUCUCUCUCUCUUUUAAUAGGUGUUCUGCUCCUUAGCAAGUAGAAGGUCACUCACUGCAGCUACAACAAUGCUGCUCAGCAAUUUGAACCGAUGCUCCAGGCACUGCCUAAGAGAACAAGCCCUUCCCUGUGGCAGGGGAUACAGCUGCAUCUUCAUUCACAAAGACAUCUUGCUGCUCCAGACCUGGCCCACUUCCUCAGCAGCUGCUGCUGACACUUCAAGCUGCCACAAAGGAGAGGUGA